CGACACACACCAACCCACGGGGGCGCUGCAAGCCCCUGAAACGAGGAGAAGCCCCGUCCAUUCAUUGGAAUUUUGUCCCUCUUCGCUUUCCCUACUCACUCGCCGAAAAAAGUUUUUAUGCGUGAAGACAACCUGCUGAGUCAAAAUGAUCCGUUCUAAAAGAUGACAGCACAGAUGUUAGUGGAUUAGACAUGGACAUGGUGUCCCCGCGGACCAGCAGGGACACAUCGGAGAAACAUGUGCCUGUAAUACGCCUGGAGGAAGAUGCUGAACUCAGGGAAAUUUAUAAAUUUGGAAGGAAAUUGGGUCAGGGUAGCUUUGGAGUUGUUUAUGAAGCCACCCACAUUGAGACACAGACAAACUGGGCUAUUAAGGAGGUUUGCAGACCAGCGGCAGGAAGUUCAAAAGUCAAGAUGCUGGCGCACGAAAUCGAGAUUCUCAAACAAAUGAAUCAUGCUCACAUAAUCCAUCUGCAGGAAGUCUACGAAACGCCGAGGAUGAUUUAUUUGGUUACUGAGCUGUGCGCUGGAGGUGAACUGACGCAGCUGUUGAAAAGGAAAAAGUUCUUCACGGAGGACGAGACAAGGCACAUCAUCUGUAGUUUAGCUGAUGCCGUUGCUUAUCUUCACAAGAGAGACAUCAUGCACCGGGACCUGAAACUUGAGAACAUCCUUGUGAAAAAUUCUCCUGAUGAGGACGAUAAUGACAGGAUUAAUAUCAAGGUGACAGACUUUGGAUUAGCGGUGCAGACGAGCGGUGUAGGGAUUGAGAACAUAAUGACGGAGGCCUGUGGGACUCUUAUCUAUAUGGCACCUGAAAUGAUGACCGGCUGUGGUUACACCCAGUGGUGUGACAUGUGGAGCAUAGGAGUGGUUAUGUAUAUGCUGCUGAGCGGGGAGCCUCCGUUUGUGUCAAAAACAAAGGCAAACCUACUUGAGAAGAUCACAAACCAAGAAGUCACAUUUACUCAGCCCAUCUGGGCCACAGUCAGUGAUGCAGCAAAGAAUCUGCUGACCUGCCUCCUGAAGGUGGACCCUGCCUACCGCAUGUCUGCUAGUCAGAUCCUAGAGAACCCAUGGAUUACUGGUGACACUAAUGGGCCUGCUAUACCGUCCAACGUCCUGGAUAUGAUGCAUGACCACGCACAACAGGAAGAAGAAACACAGACCCAGAGGGACUCGUCCCUCACCUCCUCAGAGGCCACUCAGGACCUGCCACCGGUCCCCAGGGCAGCUCCAACAGAGACCGACAGUAUCUGCAGGAACCCUGAGAACAACAGCUUCUGCACACGCUCCUCAUCCAAGACGACUAAAGACAGCGGUGGCAGCCUCCAGCAGGACAAGCGUAAAAAUGGCUCUGAAACAUCAGGACUGCCUCCACCCACCACCACACAGCCUCAUGCUGGUGUGAAACCCACUGCACAGUCGAGUGUGAAGCAGCGGAGGCCUCAGGACAAGAAGGAGCUCAGCCAGGGACAGAAACCAGCGUCUGACCUGAGUAAGGCAGACGACCACAAACCUUCCAACUACAGCAAAAAUAGGACUGGACCCCGCAAACCACCAGCCAGCUCUAAGACUAAUAACCACUCAGAAUAAAACUACAAAAACGAGCCAUUUCACAAGAUUAGCAGUGGGAGAGAGAGAGAGAGAGAGAACGAGCAUACAAGAGAGAAACACUAGAGGUGGACUCAGUUCGAUGUGGCCUUUUUAAAUGUAAUUCUGGUUAUUUGAUGUAAUUCUGUGAGUUGGCAGUGAUGUGAAUGUAACCACUGUGAAUGCAGUGUCAAAUACACAGGUGUGAAAAUAACUCAAAGAGUCAAAGACCACUGCAGCUGAGAGUCCAGCCUCAGCAGAGACUCGUGCCAAAGGAAAGGAUCCUGGUCUGAGGUGUUCUCCCAAAACUACUGGACAAAUACUUACUGUAACACAGCCAACUGUCUGAGCAUGCCAAGCAGCCCAAACACACACACACACACACACACACACUUUUUUAUAGUGGCCUGCAAACAGAGAGACUGAACGAGUUUGUUAGAUACAGCUGGUGGCAUCUGACUGAGAGCUUCUAUUAUAAAACACAGUGAGUCAAGUAAAGAGAGUCACCCACACAGCGCAGCUCAUUCCUUAAUAAAACUGUUAUUAGUCAUUUACUUACUACCAGCAACACAUCCUCUCAUUAUUAAUGUCACCUCCUUAUUUAAAUACACCCUGAAUGUAUGCUUUUCCUAUAUAGAAAGUAAUUUAAUCUGUACAAAGUGAAGUGAGUUCAUUUAAAACACUGGGGAAAAUAAUUAUUGACCAGAGAGGUAAAAAGGAUGUGAAUAAUAUGGUCAGAGAAUAUUUUCAACAUCCAAACAGACAUAUUGGUAAAAACUGUUGAACAAAUUAAUUCCCUGAAAUUAGCAUUUGUCAGAAAAUGUGUGAUUACAACUUGAAGGCGUCUCUACAUCAGUAAAUUGUAAGAAACGUGCCAAAUAUCAUAAAACACACAACUGUUUGCAUAUUUAUUUUUUUAUAAAAUUACAGAAUGUUUUGUAUUGUCUUAUAAUUACAGAGAACAAGGAGGAGAUUGUAGUGGAUGUCAUCUCACAACAAACAACCAAAAGUGAGCAUCAGGGAUUUUCUUUUUUUCUGUCCUGACCUCUCAAUUCAAAAAAACGGCCUAUAUGCAGUGACUGCACCCACUCAGUGUCAAAACAGAAAAACUGUCACACAGGCUGGUUACGCUCCAUCUGAAUGCAGAGGAUUGGGACUGAGGGCAGCCACGGGUCUAAUCUCGUUUGGAGGCCAUUGAAAGCAGUAGGAGCUACUUUGAGGGCACUGCCAUUCAAACACAGGUUUUUCCGCUGUAGAGAGAAUAAUCCCCAGCAUAGAUACAACAUUAAAGUAGCCAAGCAUAACACACAGAGGCUGAAUUUCAAAUUCACCCAUUUGCAUCUUGAAGUGAAUGAGUGCCAACAAUGGGGCCCUGUGUUCAUACACGGGCUCUGUGUUUUAGUGUGUGUGUUUAUUGAGGCCGUGGUGUUUCUACAUUUCAAGGAAGAGUUUUACAGUAAAGUGUGGACACAGGAUGUUUACCUGCAUCGCACUCUGUCCAGGUAGAUGUACUGUGUCUUAACAUCAUGAACAGAUCUGUGUCUGUGAGAAUGAACAAAUGACAUGUGAAUUGUCUUUGAUUCAAGCUGCUUGCCAAAAAGACUGCAACAUUACUGCAACGUUAUUGACACAGUGUGUUGCCUUUGGUUCACUCAGACUGCUAUAAACAGCAGAUGGAGCUGUAGUAAGUUGCUGAAUUCAUUUCCUGGAGUUAAUCUGACAGGAGAGUGCUACCCUUAAAGCUUCCUACCUAGGUUUGUGCAUGAAGACGUGUAAUUAGAAUUGAUUGCUUGAGUCACUGCCCAUUAAAACUGUGAUGUCCAUGUAAUGCGUCACUAAUUAAUAUGUUGAAUGGUUAUGUCUUGAUGGUCCAUUCAAACUAAAUAAAUGGUUACGACAUG